AUGAGGCCUCAACACCCAUCAAUGCAUGGUGUUCUUCGAUUUAUUGUUACUCUGGAUAGUGAAGAUGUUAUUGAUUGUGAAACAAUAUUCGGUUAUUUACACAAAAAAAGAGCACCUCAUGGACUUGUUUACCAAAAUCCAGAAGCCUUUUCACCAUCAGCUUAUGAUUUUUUCCAUCCAAAUUCACAAAAACAUGAUCCAUGCACUUCUUCAAAAUGUUCACCUUUGCCUUUAGCUGUAGAAGCUACUCAAAUUCAUGAAAGCCAAGGCUCAAAAUUAAGCAAUGGUAGGAAAAAAUUAGGAGCUGGGGGCAUAGUUGGAAUUAUAUUUGGUGUUGCAUUUGUUGUGGUUUUAGCUAUGAGUGUGUAUCAUGUUAAAGUUACUCGUAAAGCUAACAUGAUUAGAGCCAAAGCUAAUAAUAGUGUCCAACCACAUGUUUGA